AUGGCCUCGGUAUUCCAGGGCAGCGAUGUAGACGAUGUGCUGGAUAGGAUGUUUGCCCAAAUCAAAACAGGUGUAGAAAAUCCUGCACUGCCACGGAGUGGCUUUACAAUAUCUAAAAUCCUAUACCUCGAUGCAGAUUUUCACAAAAUGAUGCUAACAAAAGGAUCAUUGUGUAUUGAACUAACCAAAUGGGUAGCCUCCAGAAAGGCUAUUAUUAACCCAAAAAAUGAGGAUGAGGAGUGUUUCAAGUUGGCCAUUAUAGCAUCCCUACAUCAUGAGGAGAUUGAAAAAAAUCCACAAAGGAUCGGAAAGCUGAGGCCCCAUGUGGGCCUUUAUAACUGGAAGGGUAUAAAGUUUCCAACCAGCAACAACAGCACAUACAAAUUUGAGGCGAAUAACUUCGACAUUGUGGUGAACGUCCUCUAUAUACAUGGAAAGAAGAUCAAUAUCCUUCGUCGAUCGGUGCAAAACGGGCGUACCAAAGCGGUGAAUCUAUUGCUUAUCACCGAUGACAAAAAGACCCACUAUACGGCGGUCAAAAGUCUAUCGAGGCUCCUGGGCAAGGAGACCUCGAAGGAUAGGAAUGCAAUGCACAAUUGCCUAAACUGCCUACAGGCCUUUCCCACGGUUGAAUUGAGGUACUGCAUCAAUCAUGACGCUGUUAAAAUUACGAUGCCAAAUGAGGCUGAAAAAUGGCUUUACUAUAGGGAUGAACAGCAGCAAUUGAAAGUACCCUUUGCCAUCUAUGCAGACUUCGAGAGUCUGCUAGUCCUGGUAGAAGAUACAAGGGAUACCAAGAUAAAAAGGCUUAACAAGCAUGUACCAUCUGGAUGGUGCACAUAUAGUACAUUUGCCUAUGUGGAUGUACCAGAUCCCCUAACAGUCUACAGGGGUGAAGACUAUGUGACGAGGUUCGUUAACCAUCUGGAGGAUGAGGUGAAACGUCUCUGUAAUAUCUACUCGCAGCGGGACAUGAAGCCCCUAACAGAGGUCCUAAAAAGGGAACAUGACAAGACCACGCACUGCCAUAUCUGCCUAAAACGCUUUGAUAACUAUGAGAAUAACCGUAAGGUCAGUGACCACUGCCACUAUACAGGUCUGUAUAGAAGGGCAGCGCAUAACAGCUACAAUUUGAAUUAUAAGAUACCCAGCCACAUCCCUGUCAUCUUCCAUGCCGUUUCAGGGUAUGAUGCCCAUCUCCUCAUAAGGGAAUUAGGCGGGAAGUACGACAUCCAGAACAUUGGGUGGAUCGCCGAAAAUACCGAGAAAUAUAUCAGUUUUAACGUGAAAAUUAAGGUACCCCUUGGAGGUAUGGGAUAUGGUGAUGGCAAGAAGUACAAGACCAUAGAGAUGCGGUUUAUCGAUAGUUGCCAAUUCAUGGCCUCAAGCCUGGACAAAUUGGCAAGAAAUCUUAUUGGUACAAACGCUGCGGGUACGAAGUGUCAUCAAUGUGCGGAUACCUGUCUUGAAUUCCAGAGCAUGGACGCCGAAUAUAUGGCAAAGUUUUGGUGCAAAAAUUGCGACUCGAGUACCAUCAAGCAGCUUAAUCGAGACCGGGUAAAGGCAAAUGUACCAUCCAUGGCAGAGUUCAUCGACAAAGAUGAUGUCUUCAGACUGAUGCUGAGAAAAAGCGUGUACCCUUAUGAAAACAUGGAUGGAUGGCGGCGAUUUGAAGAGGUGAAACUGCCUCCCGAGAAGGCCUUCUACAGCAAGCUGAAUAUGAAGGGUAUAAGUGAUAGGGACUAUGCUUAUGCUAAAAAGAUGGGUAUCGAGGGAGGUAAAACCCAUGCCGUACACCGGUAUUCCAAAGCCAGCAAUAAGUACAUGGGAGACCAGUACGAUUCAGAGGCUGAAUCCUCCCAUCUACAGUACCUCGAUGCGAACAACCUGUAUGAAUGGGCGAUGCGUCAAGACCUUCCCACAGACGGCUUUAAAAGGGUAUCGAACGUAGAAGCAUUCACCGAAAGGCGGAUCGAGAAGCUCGUUGAAGGGAGCUAG